AUAUUCAGUGGUUAAUAACAAGGUAAGAUCAUUUCUGCAACAGCACUGUAAGGACACAGACAUGGCAUUAAAGUUGUGGGAAAGUUCUUUACAGGCGAAGGCGAGCGAGCUUCACGGGGACACAUGGCACAUCACAAUUACUGACUCUAUUGAGCCACACAAACAAGCUCGUGAUUGGUUCCAAUACAUCUCGGGCUCCUUUGCACGGUUCGCGUGUUCUCUUUGUAAAAGAACCUGGAUGUCUAAAAGAGUGCAGGUGGUGUUUCAUUUCCACAUGGACACAGCAAAGGAACAGGGAACCAUUAAACUGCGACGCUUCAAACAGAAGUGCAGGAGGUGCAAUGAAGCUCAGAUGGAGGAUCCGAACUUUCCAGUGGAAAACAUUGAUGUGCUGAUUGAGAGACUAGUAGAAAAGAUCCGCAUGAGAUGCUACAAGGAAGACCUGGGUGAAAAGAACAGACCCUCAGUGUUCAAUGGCAGAGUGAACGGGCCGCAUGAAAGCGCUCACUGUGAAGCCUGUCGGCUUGGCGUCUGUAGUCAGGCCAACUGAGAAUGAGUUCAUCGAUCUGCUCAGAACUAAUAGAUGGUUCAUUUUUAUUUAUUUUCAUAAUUUGUUUCAGCAAAUAAUGAUGAUGUAUCCAGUGUGGACUAGGCUUUUGCAUAGAGUAGGGUAGUCAACUACU